GACAAUUAUUUUGAAGGUCAGUCAGAUUCAGAUUCAGAUUCAGAUUCAGUAGUGUUAGGCCAACCAGCAAGAGAAGAGAAGAGACCACACCGCCACCGGUAAAACUCGAGGGUAGUUUUGUCUUUUAAACACAGCACUACAGCAGCAGCAGCGUCGGGUACCGAAUGGAAUGAAGUGGAGGUUGGCGUCAACUAACAAACCUGCCACGUGGAACUUGCAUUAAAUACAAACUUCCUUCCGUUUAACUCCAAAAAGCUCCAACUCACACAUCACUCACCCACCACCACCACCCUCACAACUCCUUUUCCCUCUUCUCUCUCCUCCUCCUCCUCCUCCUCCACACUCAUAAUGGCGGUUCCGCUGCAUUUCUAGUUUUUCUUUUAUUGAUCGAGGCGGUUAGUUGAGUUAGUUACGUUUCCGGCGAACCGUUAUAGCCAUGGAGGUGGAGCACCCGACGGCACCGCCUCGAAACUCCGCCAUGACCUUCGACGAGGUCUCCAUGGAGCGCAGCAAGAGCUUCGUCAAUGCCUUGCAGGAACUAAAGAACCUGAGACCUCAACUUUAUUCUGCUGCUGAAUAUUGUGAAAAAUCAUAUCUCCACAGUGAACAGAAACAAAUGGUACUUGACAACCUGAAAGAUUAUGCUGUAAGAGCCCUUGUAAAUGCUGUUGAUCAUCUUGGAACUGUUGCAUACAAGUUAACUGACCUUCUCGACCAGCACACAUUCGAUGUCUCAUCUAUGGAUUUGAGGGUCUCUACCGUAAAUCAGAAACUUCUUACUUGCAAAAUUUACACGGAUAAAGAAGGUCUUCGGCAGCAGCAAUUGUUGGCUUUCAUUCCCAGACAUCAUAAGCACUACAUUCUGCCAAAUUCUGUCAAUAAAAAGGUACAUUUCAGUCCACACAUACAGAUUGAUGCAAAACAGAAUCCAUUUCAAACCAGAACUCGUUUUCAAUCUUCAGGUACCCCUGCAUCAAAAACUCUUUCAUGGCAUUUAGCAUCAGAGACCAAGUCUACCUUGAAAGGGACUUUGCAGGCUUCGCCAAACAUUGACACCCCAAAGUUUACUGCCAAGGCCUCUGGAGUUUUCCACCUUCUAGAUAAUGAAGAGAGAACCGGGAUGAAAUUCUCACCAGCACAAACUCACUUGCAGAAUGGAGUUCCUACUUCUAGUAUACCCAUGCAAAAUUUCGGUGGCACCCACAGGGAUGCAUUGGAGGGUUCCAGACCAUUGACAGGAUUCAGGUCAUUUGACAACCCAAAUCGCCAUGAGACUGUCCAAACCCCUGGUCGCAGCAGAAGUGUGCUAUCAGCUUUCUUUGUGAAGCAAAAAACACCAAAAUUGAAGGCUGGUGGUUCUUUCUCAUGAUUCAUGAAUGCCUAUUUUAGAUAAAAGGAGUGUGGGGAUGAUACUAUAAUCUACCCGGAUGCUCAGUUCUCUUUCCUUUUACUAAGCCUCCACUAAAUGCUCAGAUUUAAUUACUUUCUGGUUCAAGUCUUUGAAUAAUGAUCCUGUAUAGUAGUCUUCAGCUUCUACUCUUCAAUGUUUACACUUGAGAAUUAUAGUGUUCAGGUCUUCAGGAACUUGUAAAAUGUAUAUCUGUGGUAUGAUAUGGGGAAAAGGAUUUAUUGA